CUUGUAGUAUGUCUUCAUCAGUGAUGCUGAUAUUAGUGGAGAUCAGAUGUUUAUAGAACUGGUACCACUAGUGGACGAGCUGGAAAUCAUGGUUCAUAUUCUGGAAGCUUUACGGCCAUCGACGUCCUCUUAGCCACAAUCGGCGCAGUAAGCGGCUUGAGCAUAGCUAUGGUAGCGGAUAAUGAAUUGAGAUACUGCAGAUCAAGAACAAGAUGCGUCAUCACCGCCACCUCUCCUAAGCACUGGUCUAGUAUGGCGCUGUAGUAGACAUCCAAAUUACUUCGGAGAGCAGUUGUUUUGGUGGAGCAUAGCCUUGUUCGCCGUUGGCCUGGGAGCAUACUGGACCACCGUAGGUACGAUGCUGAACUCCAUCGUCUUGGCCAUAGUAACAGUGAUGACAGAGCAAAAAAUGCUACAGAAUUGGCCGACAGAUAGAGCGC